AUGGCACCAGCACCAACAAAGAUCAGCACAGUCAUCAUCAAGAUGGUCAGUUUGGCCAACACUGGUUUCUACUAUACAACAACCAAGAGCGCAAAGUUGAGCACCAGAAAGUUAUUACUCAGAAAAUAUGAUCCAGUAGUUCAACAACACGUUUUAUUCAAGGUACAACUCGAUUUAGCUUUUGAAUCACUCUAA